AUGUGUGCGAAAUUCGUUUGUGUAGUGCUCGUGGCCAGCUUUGUGUGCGGCGCUAUUGCACUCCCCUCGCAGGAUAACAGCGAAAAGGAUUUAGUCAAUAUGCUCAACAGACUGGAUAGUGAGGAAUCGGUGCCAUUAUUCGGUGGAUUACGCAUCGAUCGCUCAGAAACGGGUCGCAGCUUUGGUGCCAACAAGGCUGUCGAAUCUUUUGAAGAUCGUGCCGAACGCUAUCUAGAAACUCACGAAUUGAAUCUGUCGUUCUCCGGUGACGAGCAAGAUGAGAAUGCUGAGAAUGUGUACAGCGGUCGUGCCAUGGAAGAGUCGCGUAGCAAGCGCAUGAAGAAAAUGUUGCUGCCACUGCUGUUGGCUUUGAAACUGAAGAAGGCUGUCGUCGUCAAGGUGCUCUUUACAAUCAUCAAAUUCAUCUCCCUGAAGAGUUUGGCCAUCUCCUUCCUCGCGCUCAUCUUAGCUGGUGCCACCUUCUUCAAGGAUCUGCUGGCCAAGAAGAAGGAUCACAUCACCACUGCCUACAUUACUGGCAGCCCAUUGAACGCUGAGAUUGUGCACUCCGAUUGGAACCGCAACGGUCAAGCUGCCGCUUCGGAAUUGGCCUACAACCACUAUGGUCUGGCCCAACCCUUCUAA